AUGGACGAUGGAUCGUCCGACGGCGAUGCAGAUUCGCAAGCAGAAGACGAAAGCAGUGGUUCCAAUGACGAGAGUUGUCAGAGUGGUGCUGAUGAUGUUGUCACGGAAACUGCUCCGAUUCAGGAGCUGGAUGACGCGACAUGUACCAAAAAGAGCGUCCUUCCGCAGCCGGAAAAACUGGCAAACGUACUUACAAGGUGGCAUGACAUCGUGGACUGCAUCGGCAUUGAUAUUCUUUCGUGUUUGGGUUCUGCUGCUGCAACAUUGAUUGAUGGGACGGCCUUGUUCCGGGAGGUCGGAUCGGACCUGCUUGUGGAUUGGAUGCAUGGUGGCCAGGUCCUACAUGCUGUGUACCUUGCCGAGAAGCUUGUUUCCCACAUCGUGGAGAAGGGUGUUUCAGUCUGCCUUUUCUUCUUUGAAGAGGACUGGACAAGUUUGCCGUUAUCACUUCAAAGAUUGCUGUGGCUGGUUUUGUGUGACCACUUUCAAAGAGCAUCUUCAAGCAAUCGAGCUGACGAAGUUCCGGUGAGUCGGAUUCGAACGGUUCUCCUCCCUGGCUCUUUUCUGAACGAGCGGGGCCAGGACAGCUUCGAAAAGUUGGUCUUGCGAUAUACCCCAUCAUGUGUCAUUACGGAUUUCGGGCGGCCUGCGCCGUUGACCCCCCACUGUGGCCUGGAGGCCAGUCAGGAGCCUUUGUCUUUCGACACUCUUGAGACAGAGUUUCCCGGACUACGAUCGUGCUUGUUCGUUCACUGGCUGCAUUGUCUUGACUUGCAAGUACUUGACAUCGAAAGUGUGGACGUUGCCGGGCCCCGCCUCAUCGGAAGUCUGCUGGCACCAGUUCUGUCGCCGCAAAGACGGGCAAAGCAGCUGCCCAUCUUUAUCAGGAUCCUGUCCAAGUCGACCCAGCAGUAUGCGGUGUGGAAGGCCGCACUGGACGAUUCGUCUCGAAUGGGGACAUCGGAAUCCAUCCGGCUCGCUUCGGGUCGGUUGGCUUUGAAACGUCUCCUUGGGCAUGCCUUCAAGACUGGUCGCGAGGCUUCAAUCCCCACCUUGAUUCCAUUGAGUGCAGCUUUUACCUGGAGCUUGGCCGCAUUGGAGGUGUUAACCCUUGAAGCUCGUCGCAUUUCUGACGCAGAUCUGCCCUGCCUGCCAGAAGCUCUCGGAGUGCCUCGCUUCCUCCUUCAGUUGCAUGAAGCUCUGUCGCAGGCUAUUCUUUGCAUCCGGCAGUCGCAUCCUGAUGUAUUCGAUGGGACGUUAGCUGACAUAUUCGACGGUCGAGUCUUUCAUCGUCUUGCGUGGGAAUGUCUGCAGACAGAAGAUGUGGACGCAAUCUGCAAGCGAAAUCCAUUCAGCACCGACUUGUCCUCAGCACUGGAGUUGGCCUCGAGGAUCUGGAGCGACAAUGCCCCCGAUGGUACCGGGAGCUUGCUGAAUGUUUUGCACGGCUUGCGCGAAUGGGCUCCAGUGUUCCAGCCCGAGCCACGGGAGCGCUGCAAAGAGCUUCCGGAGGGGAAGCUCGUGAGCGUUGCAGGCGCACCUCUCGCUCGCCUCGCCGUCGCUGAUUUGCUGCAGCAAGUGGACGGUGACGGCUCCCUCCCCGACUUCGGCGUGCUUCCGGCAUAUCAGCCGCAUCACUACCAUGUGGGCAGGCCCCUGGAGGAGCCGGAUGCGUACCAGGCGGCUCUUGCAGUCUUGAAGUCAACGAGGGUCCUGCGCCUGGAUGCUCCCACGAAGAUGUCUAUCCUCCUGCAGUUCCUGACGGAUGAUGGCGUGGUGAGAGUCCACAAAGAUCGGAAGGCUCCUCCUUGGAUGUAUCAAGUUCGCACCAAAUUUGUGGAGUUCAGUCUGCAAAGCUUCACUGAUUCAUCGAGAUCUGACGUUCCGCUCAAGGAUCUGGCUCAUCUGAAGGUGUUGCUAAGUGCAGCGCAGUAUCCUGUGACCUUGAAUUUCAACAUGGCGGCUUCGCAGGCGUCCGUUGACAGGAAAGCACACAAAGCUGCCGCCAAGAACCAGCAUUUUCUGGAAUCCCUGCUUGAGGGGAGCCCUGUCACACGACAAACCAUCGUGACGGGGUCCUCUCCCGACCAUGCAAGAAGAAAAGAAACAGCCAACAGCCCUGGAAAGAAAGGAGCACCCCAGCGCUCGGCCGACCGUGUCCGGCAACAGGCUAAUGCGGAAAAGCAGGCCAAGCUGCUCAAGCAGAAAGCUGAACAGGUGAAGCAGCUGGUCGAAGACUUAAGGGCAACUCCACAGUCGGGGAACCGGACGAAAGCCGUGGAUUCCUUUGCCAGCAGUCUGCGACGAUGUUGGGAGGAAGGUGCAAAAGCACCAGCUUUAAAGGGCAUGAAGCAUUGGUUGACGGAGAGUGAAGGCUUGGAUAAAAAGAAGGCGGAUGGAGUUGGAAGGCAUACUUUCCUGACAAUCCAAGCUGUGCUGCGGAUGUGUGGAGGCGUGGAUGGUCUGAAGGGAGAAGAAGGCGGGUCUGAGCUCUUGCAGGCGAUGGCAAAGCUUGCAGACAAACAUUUGGGCAUGCCGGAUUUAGCUGCACAGCUUGGUCGGUCGAAGGCCAAAGAGAGACGCAAGGCCUCCGUGUGCCCCUUUCGCUUUCAGCUGAGCGUCGUGCCCGAGCAUUUGGCCAGACCUGCCGGGACGCACGAUCCGCGUCUCCAGUUCAAGCCUGAUGCAUGGCAAGUUCGGUUGUUGGAUGUUGUGGACGAGAGGCAGUCAGCCCUGGUGUUGGCACCGACAGCAUCCGGCAAGACCUUUAUUUCCUUCUACAUCAUGGAGAAGAUUCUCCGAGCGGAUGAUGCUGGGGUUGUCGUGUAUAUUUGUCCCACAAAGGCUCUAGCAAAUCAGGUGUAUGCUGAGAUUGGGGCAAGGUACAGCAAAGAGUUCACGAACAGGCCCGAUCGGCAUUUCUGCGGCAUUUUCACACGGGACCAGCGUGAUCACGCCCUUGAUUGCCAAGUCUUGGUCACGGUGCCGGAGUGUUUCCUAAUCUACUUCCUCUCGCCAUCGCAAGAGUGUAGCAAUUGGGUGGGCCGGCUGCAAUAUGCCAUCGUGGAUGAGGUGCACUGUCUUGGUGAGGAGAGUGGACGGGUGUGGGAGCAGCUCCUGUCACUUGUGCCGUGUCCAUUGGUAGCUUUGUCUGCCACCCUCGGACAGAGUGACUGCUUCGUGUCGUGGUUGAAGUCACUAGAAGAGCAUCGCGGCCGCCAGCUGCAUGUUGUAACGCACCAUGGCCGUUUCAACGACUUGCAGCCGUGGGUCUUUGAUGGUCAGGAUCUACAGCGCUUACAUCCCGUUUUUGCUCUGAAGCCUGCGUCUGGACAUGGGGAGGUGCUCUGCCAGGGCUUGACUCUCAUACCCGAAGAUUGCCUGCAGCUUUGCGACACCAUGCUCGAGUCCACAGCUUGCAAGGGCGAGGGGAAGAAGCUCGCCCCUGAAGUUUACUUUUCCAGUCUUCCAGACGGCUCUUGGAAUCUCAGCAUGCAGAAUGCGCGAGACUGGGCCACAGACGUAGCAAAGUACUUUGACAGCAUGACCCGAGAAGAUCAUGCCAGGAUUGUCAAAGAAGUUGGCACAGUGUCUCUAGCAGCUUUCAGUCGUGCAGAUCAGGAUUUGGAGGGAGGCGAAAUGGCAUAUCUCACAAGUCGUAUCGGUAGAGUGGUUCGCCAGCUGAGAGAGUCGGGCAUGCUGCCAGCAAUCUGUUUUCACAACAGCAGAACAGGAUGCGAGAUCUUGGCAGAGCACUUGCUUCGUGACGUGAGUUCUCAGGAGAAGGAGCUGAAAUUGAAAGAGAAAGUUCCUGAAAAACUCAAGGCUAUUGCCAGCCGGUUGGAUGAGCUGAAGAAGGGUCUGCAGCGCGUCGAGAAAGCUCUUGACAAGCGCGAUGGCGAGCUCCCUGCCGACCUAACCUCGCAGGAACUGGCGUCGAUGGAGGAGGCGGAGAGCCUGGUGGCUGAGGGAGACAAACUUCGCGGAAUACGCCACGAAUUCACGUUCAUGCCCAGCGGCCAGUUUGUAAUGACGCAGGAGGCGCUUGAGGAAGAGUUUAAAGUCAACGGACCUUACUAUCCCUUCGACAAGACCAACCCGCUGCACAGCUUGUUGCUGCGCGGCAUCGGUGUGCAUCAUGCAGGUUUGUCGAGUGAAUAUCGGAAGGCUGUGGAGCGGCUCUUCCGCACUCGUAAGCUUGGUCUUGUGGUGUCGACCUCCACCCUGGCAUUGGGAAUCAACAUGCCCUCCAAAACCUCAAUCUUCGCUGGGGACUCCAUCCACCUGACCCAGAUGCAGUUUCUGCAGGAAGCAGGUAGGGCUGGACGUCGUGGCUUUGACCUGCGUGGUCACAUCGUUUUCUUCGGACUCCAUUCCCGAAAGGUUCAGAAACUCCUUCGAGGGGAGUUGCCUCAGCUGCGAGGGAACGUAGGAGUUUUGAAUGCUUCUUUGGCUCUGCGAUUGGCGCUGAAGGCGCAGGCUGUGGCUUCUGACAAGGAGCAGCUAGCAACUACAGCUGCGGCCACGCAGCGUCUGCUGAGUCUUCCACUAUUUUGUCCUUCCCCCAUCACCAAGAUACAGCAGAAUCUGAUUUUCUGCUUCUACAUGCAGCAGUUGCAGAGUGAUCAGCUUUUGGAUCAGAAGUUUCAGGGCACAGCUUUCGCUGGGUUUGCAGCCCACAUCUUCUGGCAGGAUCCGGGCAACUUUGUCUUGGUGGCGCUAUUGCAGGAGAAGGGCUUGCUGCGGGAGCUAUGCACGGGUCCCCGUGAUGCAUUGAUGGCCGUUCUGUGCCGUCUUUUCUGCCGACUGCCCUUGCAACCCUGGAUGCAACGCAAUAUGGCCUUGAAGCGUGCUCGUGGGCUUCGCAGUUCGUCCGUUGUGUGCUUGCCGAAGUUGCCAAUGAGGGUGCAGGAAGCAGUGCAGAAGCACAACGACCUCAUCUUGCAGGCAGUUGUCCAUCGCCUGCGCUGCUUCAUUCACCGGGGUGCCGUGAACACUGUUCCACACGAUCGUCUCCCGCUGACUUGGGCACGCCCGUGCUCUCCUUCUGUCCGGCACCCUUCUCCUUUGCUGCGGUCUCCCUUUAUAGCCUUGUCCGGUCACGGAGAGUGCUUCGAAUCUUUCGAGCAGCUUUGCAGCACGGUCCAUGAAGACUUCCGCCUUCACCGAAGCAUGUUUCCUGUUGUGAACCCGACGGGGGAGGACCACCUCAACGCCUACCUCUAUGAUUUCUACAGGCACGGGCAGAGGAAUGCGCUCAUCGAGAGCAACAAUAUUCCUGAAUCGUGUCUGUACGUGUUGCUGGAAGACUUCAGCUUCCUGCUCAAGGCCUUGGCCACCGCAGCCAAGUACAGAGCAGACCGAUGCGAAGGAGGGGAGCUCGCAGAUGUUGAGGUUGUUUCGGCGCUUGCUGCGGUGAGCUCUGAGUUUGAGGCCUCGUUCCGAGCCCUCGGGCGACGGAUGUAG